AGGCUUUAAUAGAAGUAUAUUGUCAUAUUUUUGUGUCAAAUAUUAUAGAUAAAUGAAUAAUAAACCUAAAUCAAUGGCUAAAUAUAUCGAUAUAGGCCAGAAAUUAACUUUAAACAGCAGUGUCUGAGAGCAAGAUUUGCUAUAUAAACAGCAGCCAUUUGUAAAAUAGAGUGACUUCCCCCUGAAUCUGGCGCUAAAAGCUUAUAAAAAUAAAACUUAGACAAGAUGGCUGCUAUAGUAAAUGAGCAUGGUUGCAUCUGUUGGAAACAUCGCUAGUCUUCAUUUAUUACGGAAAAGUUUUAAUUCAAUUGUUUAAAAACAGCAACAUUUUAUAAUGGCAGCCAAGCCAAAGAAAGAGGAUUCGCUUGCCAGUCUUAAAGCCAGUGAAUCUCAUCUUAAGCUGAAAGUUAAGGAGUUGGAAGAAGAAGUACUGUCAUUAAAGAGAAGACUUGAUGAACUGAGGAAAGCUAAAAAUACCACAAUUUUAAAGAGAGAAAGAGAAAUUUUGGAGGUUGGGGUGCCAUUUGGUAGAAGAGAAUCAAAAAGUAAUGAUGAUAAAGAAAUGGAAACAAAGCUGGUUGGUGUUGAUGAAAAAGAAAUGGAAAGAAGAUUAAAAGAGAAAGAUGCAGAAUGGGAAAGAGAAAUGGAAGAACUGAGGAAAAAAUUUGCCAGUGAAAUGGAAGCUUUAAAAUCAAAGCCACAAGAGGACUCAAGCUGCGGUCAUGAGACAGAACUGGAGUUUUUGCGCAACAGAAAUGAGGAACUAGAAAACGACAACGCUGCCAUGACCAUCCAGAACAGAGAGCUUAGGGACAGGGUGUUUGUGUUGAUGGGAAACCUCAGUGCUAAAGAGGCCAGUUGGUGUGACAUGGAGGAGAAGCUGAAGGCAGAGCUGACAAGGUCAUGGGGAGCCAAGUACAAGGAGUGGAUGGAUCGCACUGAGGCUAAAAUUGAAGAUUUGCAGAAAACAAAUGCUCUCUUACGAACUUAUUUAAAAGCCUACAACCCAGAAGGUUCUGACCCUACAAAGAAAGACUCAGAUUUUGACCAUUAAUAAUUUACUGACCAACUUCAUAUUGCAAAUAGUGAACAUAUAUUUCAUGGUUUAACAUUACUCUAUACUGAAUCUAAAAAUGAAAUGUAGCCCUUAGAUUUUAUGGGUAAUAUUGGGGUGAUGUUAAGUGAUAUUUUCACAUGUACAGUGUAGUACUACAGCACAUUCAGCAGACAGAUCAGAAACUUGAUUGUCACAUCAUUUGUUAACUGCAUCUUUUAAAAUGGUGUUUGUUUUAAUUACU